ACGCACGUUUUUCUGCUUCGUCCUGCAGCUCUCCUGCGGAGGUCCACAUGCAUUAGCACGGAUGGACAGAGGAGUGUCCAUGCCUAAUUUGUCGGAACCAAAACUCUACCCGUACGAGCUGUUGGCUGUGAGCCGCAGAGGACGGGUGAAACUCCCCAGCGACGUGGACAGGACACGACUCGAGCGCCACCUUUCCCCGCAGGCGUUCUUUGAGAUCUUCAACAUGGGCCUUCAAGAAUUUGACGUACUUCCGCUGUGGAAACGUAACAAUAUGAAGAAGAGGGCCAAUCUUUUCUGAACGCCACCCAAUGCAUUUCUUCAUUAUUAAUAUGCAGUACGAGUUCUUUUGGCCCCUUGAGUUUUUUUUCUUUGCAUUUCACACAAAAGUUUUAUAUUUUCUUGCCUAUAAACUGGACACAUUUAGUUUAGUUCAUGAAGACUUGUAAUAAUGAUUGAAAUGUAUAAUACCUCAGCACAUAUUAACACGGGAACUUGUUAUAUUAUUGGUUGAAUCUUAACUGCUUGUUUUCACUCUGUAAAGGUGAAGGUGUUUGUUGAUCAGUGAAAACACGUUUGAAGGGAAAAAAGAUCCAUUUCUAAAACACGUAUAUUUCUGAAACGUCUAAAAUAACUGGAUACAGAACAUGUGGUUAAUGUCUCAACAUGUAGUUCAGUGCAUAAAGAGGUCUGUGAGUGUUUCCUCGCUCGCCUCCUAGAAAUUAGGAAAUGAUUGACUUCAGAACGCAGCGUUUGAACGAGGUCACCGUGUUUAAAAAGUCACUCAUUUGUGUCAGAAACGGUUGGACAGCAGUUUUAAAGGAUUUUGUCCCAAGUGAAAGCCUUUGGAGAUCCUGACUAUUAAGCUUUAUUGAGCUUAUUAUGGAUAAUACGUCAUGAUACCGGAUGUGUGGAGCAGUGUCUGAGUACCUCAAAUGAUAAUAAGUUGUCAUCAACAUGUCGUUCUGAGACAUGAUAUGAAACAACUGACGGUGUUGUUACUUUAACAUGGUAUAUUUCAACAAUAAAGUGAAAAGAACAUUAUUGAGAAUGUUUAUUCCACCAAAUCAAUAAAACAUGCUAAAGUAUGGAGGACAAAAAAUGACAUAUAAAUAAAUAAAUGCGUAACUACAUAUAUAAAUAAAUAAAUACCCCCACACUUAUUUACGCAUUUAUUUAUUCCUGAUUUAUUUAUACAUUUAUUUAUUUAUACUUAAGUCAUAUUUUGUCCUCCAUGGGUUUUGACAGUAUUUUUUUGUUGAACCUUGCAGAAGAAUCUUAGUUUUCAGAUCACCAACUUGGAAAAUGACUAUUAAUAAAAAAAUACUAUCA